UUAGCAUAAAAAUUUGGUUCACAAUUGAAAAUAAAUAUUCAGAAAAAAUAUGUCAAAUUGAAAAUGAUACGAUGAGAUAUGCUGCUGCGACUGGUGUCUUAGAAACAUUAAAAAUAGCUUACGAGAGUGGAUGUGAUUGGGAUCAACAUACAAUUACUGAAGCUGCUGCAAAUGGACAUUUAGAAUGCAUAAAAUAUGCACACGAAAAAGGUUGUCCAUGGGAUGAAAGAACAACAGAAGCAGCUGCAAAAUAUGGUAAUUUAGAAAACUUAAAAUAUAUUAGACAAAAUGGAUGUAAAUGGGAUGAAAACACAACGAGAGCUGCUGCUGCAAAUGGGCAUUUAGAAUGUUUAAAAUAUGCACAUGAAAAUGGAUGUCCAUGGAAUGAUAGAACAACAAUAGCGGGUGCCUCUACUGGAGGCUUAGAAAUUUUAAAAUAUGCUUAUGAAAAUGGAUGCAAAUGGAACAAAGGUGUGACUGCAAUAGCAGCAGCAUAUGGAAAUCUGGAAUGUUUAGUAUAUGCUCAUGAAAAUAAAUGUAAAUGGGCAAAAUAUUUAACAUGGAAUGCUGCUGCGAGCGGUAAUUUAGACUGUUUAAAGUAUGCAUAUGAAAAUGGAAGCAAAUGGGAUGAUACAAUACCUGCAGAAGUUGUUUCUAUCAGUAAUUUAGAAAUUUUAAAAUAUUCUUAUGAAAUUGUAGGCCAAUGGUAUAAAGACACAACUAGAGUAGCUGCUUUAAAAGGUCACAUAGAAAUUUUAAAAUAUUCCUACGAAAAUGGAUUCGAUUGGUCUGAGGGUACAACUAAAGCUGCUGCACAAAGUGGCUGUUUUGAAUGCUUAAAGUAUGCACAUGAAAAUGGAUGUAAUUGGGAUAAUGAUACAAUAAAUGUUGCUGCUGAGUAUGGACAUUUAGAUUGUUUAAAAUAUGCUUUUGAAAAUGGAAGUAAAUGGGAUGAAAUUACUACAAAACUUGCUGCUAGGAAUGGACAUUUAGAUUGUUUAAAAUACGCUCACGAAAAUGGUUGUCUAUGGGAUGAAAGCACAACACAAGAAGCUGCCUAUUUUGGUAAAUUAGAAUGCUUAAAAUAUGCUCACGAAAAGGGCUGUAAAUGGAAUGAUGAAACAACAAGAGUUGCUGCUUUAAUGGGUCAUCUGGAUUGUUUAAAAUAUGCACAUGAACAUGGAUGCGAAUGGAAUUCUGCCACAUGUAGAGCUGCAAUUGAAGGUGGCAUGGUCCAUUGUUUAAAAUAUUGCCACGAACAUGGAUGUGGAUGCGAUAAAGAUAUAACUCUAGUUGCGGCUGCGUUUGGGCAAUUAGAUUGUUUAAAAUAUACACAUGAAAAUGGGUAUCAUUUGGAUGAAAGGAUAACAGAAGUAGCUUUAUUUAAUUAUAACUAUGAUUGCUUAGAAUAUGCUCUUGAAAAUGGAUGUAAUUGGGAUGAAGGUACGAUAGUUAGAGCUGCUAUGAUUGGUUAUUUAGAUUGCUUAAAAUAUGCUUAUGAACAUGGAUAUCAUUGGGUUGAAGGUACGAUAAGAGGAGCUGCUGCAAAUGGACAUUUAGACUGCCUAAAAUUUGCAAAAGAAAAUGGUUGUGAAUGGGACAAAGGCACAACAAGAGAAGCUGCUGCUAGUGGUUGUAUUGACUGUUUGAUGUUUGCAUAUGAAAAUGGAUAUAAAUGGGAUGAAGGGACAAUGAGUGCAGCUGCUGCAAAUGGCCAUUUAGACUGUCUGAAAUAUCUUCAUAAAAUAGGAUGUGAGUGGGACGAAGCCACAACAAGACUUGCUGCUGCAAAUAAUGAAUUUUAUUGUUUAAAAUACGUCCAUGAAAAUAAAUGUCCAUGGAGUAAAAAUACCAUUUAUGUAGCAACUUUAAAUCAUAAUUAUGAUAUAAUGAACUAUGCUAACGAAAAUGGUUGCCCUAAUUAGUAUUCUAUUAUUAUCAUUUUUUAUAGUUCUAUAAUUUGUUAUAUACUUUAUUUUAAAAUAAAUUGUCUUAAUAUAUGAUGCUAUGUAUUUAAU